UCUAGUGCAAGACUACACCCUUUAUUCGCUACUGUGCCUUGUGGUCUACGAAUAUUUUACAACACUUGACCAAGAAAUUGCGGCAGUAUGGAAAAGGAAAUUCACGGCCACAUCGCUGCUGCUGCUGAUCAUCCGGUGGCUCAUGGUCCUGGGCCCACUUCUGUCCGUUGUAUUGCCAGAUGAUAGACAAAAUUGGUGUGUACGUCACGUUUUCUGAUGAAUGUGUUCGCUGAUAAGCCGCUGCACCUCAUAUGAGGUGUAAACCGAGCUACACGCCUCAAAUGCUUGUACACUUGAUGGGUGCGGUCCUGAUCUCGGUAGUCUCCGCUCUGCGCAUGUAUGCGCUCUGGAAGGGCUCGAGGAUGAAGUAUGUCUUCCCAGCAAUUGUGCUGACGCUUGGGAUGCUUCCAGCUGGAUUAAACAUCUUCAUCUGGGUACUCACCUCGUUCAUUUUUAUGAGCUCAGAGAGUCCGCCGCUCGUCGAAUGCCUCGAGUUCACCAACAUGGCGCCGACUCAGCUGGGCUCUAUAUGGGUGCCCACUCUUAUAAGUAGCAGUAUAGUCGCCUCAGCCUGUGACAUCGUUGUCCUAGCGCUAACGUGGAUCAAGUCAUUCGCGCACUGGCGGGAGAUGCGGCGACUCAAACUCACUUCGUCGAUCUCUACUGUGCUGCUCAGAGAUGCUCCGAGCGCGCUGCUCAGUCUAAGUGCUCUACAACCCUUGACUGGUUUUGUAUCUUAUGUGUUUUGCUUCGCGCCCCUGUUGCUGGUGCAGCGUUUCAUCCUCAACCUCCGCCAGCUCGGACACGCCGCUGAGGCCAGCGAAAACAACUCGGACGCGCAGCGCUUUUCUCGCUUCUCUGUAAGCUUCAGGGUGCCCUCUGAUUUCCUUGGGAAUAUCGGGGAGACUCUGGACCAUGGCCAGUCGGAGCAGGUUGAAGAAGACAAUGAUGAAAGCCACUGUGUAGCGCAAGAGCCACGAGACGGACUCGAAGAGGACCUUGCGCACCAGGCAGGCCCGUCGAUGACGCGUCGGGAAAAACUAACAGGAGCCGACGUCGCCCGGAUUUUGCGACUCAUCGAGCGUGCGGACGAAGAACAAAACGUUGGCUUGUCCACUUUCCCGUGUGGAACGGUCACUGGACUUUCCAUGGCUGCAGAUUAGGUGCCAAUAUACGAUUGCGCCAUGAUUGUAUGGUCGCCAGCGAUCACCAACCAUCGUGCUGCCCAAUGCUAGUUUCGUACCUCGCUUCAUGUUUAGCAUCUGCUCCAAUUUUGCGUCCGCUUUUUAUAUUCC